AGUGAAGGGAGAUCUUCCGGUUUGCAAGUAGAAGAACUCAUCGCUUUUCUUCCUCCCCAAAGAAUAGAUCGCCCUAACGAUCUCGUAGCCCACCUGUCUCUUCAGUUGGAGCCCACGAAUAAAAACUCCUGUCAAGUGACGGUGGGCGUUAGGAUGGAGUUGACCUAGGGGGAUCUUAAAAUUAUCGAACACUUCUUGGGUGAAGAGAUCGAGUGGUAGCCUUAAACCCGCCUCCAAAUCUUCAACAAAGAGCAACUGUUCAUCAUCCUUCAAGACCUGGCUAACAGCCGAACCCUCAGAUGGAAUCCGAAGGCCAAUGAAGGGAGGAAUUUCGUACCUCGACCUAAUCCAUACAAGGGCCUCUUGACCCAGAUCGAUGGUCCACUCAGACAAGGGUUUUUUAUUACUAGAAGAUGUCCCAGAGGAGAUUUUACGUCUUUUAAAAACAAAAUCCUCCUCGUCUCCUUCGUCAUCACCCAGUUCACCAUCUCCGCCCUCAUCUCCACCAACGUCCUCAAGGGGAGCCUCGCCCUCUGGCCCUCUGUCAUCAACACCCUCCUCACUAUCAGGGAUCACCUUCUGAGACAACCCUUCCUCGUCAGAUGACAACUCAACGAGGGUGGCAAGAGGAGCAGGGUAAGUAGGGUCACUGGCAGAACUCUCAGAAGAAGAGGAAGAAGAAGGGGAAGACACUGAAAUCCUUAAUGUAGACAUCCUAAAAAUAUACUAUCUGAAGGCAAACAAGAAGAAGGAAGCAAGAAGACAAACAAAAAUAGCUAAGCCACUUACUGAUUAAAAGAGAAAGUCUGGUGCUAUGUAACUCGAAGAAAACCUGGCUGGAGAAAUACGUCAACAGAAAUACAGAAUCAGAGAGAAAAAUUAACAGAGAAUCAGAGAGAAAAAUUAAGAGUAAAAAACUUUUAAUUAAAGAAUAUGUACCUCUUUUAUACACUCGAAUGCCUGACAGCAGGAAACUCCUCGAAAUAAUCAAUGGAAAACCAAAAGUCGCGUUCUUUUAUAGUCAAAAAACGCUUCAGAUUCGUAACCGUUGAAGGAAACGUUUGAAAUUCAAAUUGUUUCGAAAAUUUCGGAAAUUCGAAUUUUGAAAAUUGGCGCUUCAAGUCUUUGACUUAGCAAGAUUAUAAGGGGGGGACAUCUGAUACCGACCUAAUAAUAUUCGAACUCCAAGCAUCGCCUAACGAAUGCUAUGCUCGCCCAACGGGUCUCCAAAUCUCCCAUCGCCCAUGUCUGUCUCGGGCGGACUCAUCCAGGUCUGCCAUCUAGGCGACCUCAUCCACUCUGUUCCCUGACACCCACUACCCGGGAUAAUCGGGAACGUGCCUUCACCAUUAUCAAUAAUCGUGGGGCAAACCCACGAUUUACCAGAUAACCACCGCCUUAAACUCAUUAUAAAAGGAAGCCACCGAAUGCUGAGAAGGGUAAGCAAAAUCAGACUCAAAUACUCUUACAUUCACUUACCUACCAAAAAACCCUCUCUGACUUAAGCAUCGGAGUGGCUUUCAGGCUGAGCAAGCCUGAAGUCCUUUGAGCUUAUAUUUGUUACUUGUGCAGGAAAAACAGUACGGGCGACCCUUUAAAGAUCGACCUGUAUCAUUUUCUAAUGAUCCCUAUGAUGAUGGUUUGGUAGGAAUGGAGCCACGUAUCAAGGAUAUUGAAUCUUUAUUGCACUUACAAGCUAGAGAUGUGCGCUUCAUAGGAAUUUGGGGGAUGGGCGGUAUAGGUAAAACAACUCUUGCUGGCAAAGUAUAUGAUCGAUUCUCUUCCCAAUUUGAAGGUCAAUGCUUUAUUUCAAAUGUUAGGGAAAAAUUAGAGAAGUACACAUUAGAUGGUUUACAACAUGAAAUCCUUUUCAAAGUAUUUGGGAAGCAAAACUCAAAUGUUGGCAUGCCAGUCAUGUUAUCCUCUUCCAUUAGGAAUUGGUUCAUGAGGAAAAAGGUUCUCAUUGUUUUGGAUGAUGUGAGUGAUUUGGGUGCAUUAGGGUUUUUGAUAGGAGAUAGUGCCAUUUAUGCUCCAGGGAGUAGAAUUGUUUUGACUAGUAGAGAUAAACAAAUUCUCAAAAAUAGGUGUGCUUACAUAUACGAAGUUAAGGAGUUAAAUAAUUAUGAGACUCUUCAACUCUUUAGCCUGCAUGCCUUUAAACAACAAGCUCCUACUGAAGCACUCAUAAAUGUGGCAAAAAGGGCAAUGAAGUACACACAGGGUGUCCCAUUAGCUCUUCAAGUUCUGGGUUCCAGUUUAUACAGUAAGAAUGUAGUAGAAUGGGAAGAUCAAUUGAAAAAAUUAGAGAGUAGCUCUGAAAAGAAAAUUCAAGAAAUUAUGAAAAUUAGCUAUGACGGAUUGGAUGAGAACGAAAAGGAAAUAUUUCUCGACAUUGCAUGUUUCCUUAAGUCGGAGGAUAAAGAUCAAGUGGAACGGGUAUUGGACAGCUUGGGUCGUUUUGCAAGGAUUGGAAUCAGUUCUCUUCUUGACAAGUGUCUCAUCUACAUUUCAGACAAUACGUUAGAAAUGCAUGAUUUGAUACAGCAAAUGGGCACAGAUAUCAUUCGCAAGGAGUGCAUUAAAAAUCCUGGAAAGCGGAGUAGGUUGUGGGUUCCUAAAGAAAUCAUCUACGUAUUGACAAAAGAUUUGGGGACAAUUUCAGUUGAAAGCAUAACCCUAGACAUGUCAAAAGUUCGAGAUAUUGAACUAAGUUCCAAUGCAUUUGAGAGAAUGAGCAAACUUAAAUUUCUAAAAUUCUACAGCCCUGAUUAUGAACAAGACAUUUCUUUUACUCGACCAAACAAAAUCUAUGAUUCGUGUAAAAAAAUUAAUAUAUCACUCUCAGAAGAGCUCAAUUUUUUACCAGAUGAUCUAACAUACUUGCAUUGGCAUAAAUAUCCUUCAAAAUCUUUGCCCUUGAACUUUUUCCCAGACAAUCUUGUUCACCUUCAUUUGAUGCAUAGCCAUAUUCGACAACUCUGCAACAAAAAUAAGUGUCUCGUAAAUUUGAGAUUUAUGAAUCUCAGCUAUUCCGUGGAUCUAGUGAAAAUGCCAGACUUGUCUGAAUUACCAAAACUUGAAGUUUUACAUUUGAGAGGCUGUGCUAGUUUGGUGCAGAUUUCCUCAUCUAUCCAAUCUGACAUAAAGCUUUCACAUAUCGAUCUUGGAUAUUGCAAGAGGCUUGGCAGUAUCCCAAGCUUCCUUCAUUUGAAAAAUCUUAAUUUUCUUUCUCUUGAAGGUUGCUCAAAUAUCACCGACUUUCCAAAAGUUUCUAGGAAUAUAAGACAUUUUUUCUUAAACAGAACUUCAAUAGAACGAGUUUCCUCCUUAAUUGGGCGACACACUUCACUCACUGAAUUGUCUCUAAGAAAAUGUACAAGGAUCAAACUUCUUCCGGAUAGUAUUAGUGAGUUGAGAUGUCUUAAAGAUCUUAAUCUUAAUGGAUGCUCAGAACUGGCAAGUCUUCCAGAUAACAUUGGCAAGUUGAAGCGUCUCGAACGUCUUACGCUUAACGAAUGCUCAAAACUUAUGUAUCUUCCAGAUGAUAUUUGCAAUUUAAAGUCUCUUAAACAUCUUGUUAUAGCAAAGUGUCAACGUCUCAAAGAAUUACCAGAGAACUUGGGGGCUUUAGAUUCUCUUGAGAGGCUUUUUACAACCAAAAGUGGUGUAAAAAGGAUACCAUCCUCCAUCAAUGACUUGAGCAAACUUGGUAUAUUACAUUGCGAUGGAUGUGAAGGAUUGAUACUGCCUCCUUUCACAGGUUUGACUUGUCUAAAUCUAUUAUCUCUGGAGGAUUGUGGCAUGACAGAAAUUCCAAACAGUAUUUCCUCCUUAGUUUCAUUGAGGAAAUUGAAUUUAGGUGGAAAUAAUUUGGAGAUGCUGCCUGCCGGCUUCAAAGAUCUUCUGAAGUUACAGGAUCUAAAUUUAAGGAACUGUAAGAGGCUCAAACAUUUAUCUGAUCUUCCAUCAGCUCUAGAAAAGUUAUUUGUAACCAACUGCACAUUGUUAGAGUUACUGCUAUCACAUCUCACAAAAGGACAUAUGGAUUCCUUGUGGUUGAUUGAUACUCGUAAUUGUGCUAAUUUGGAUCAGAAUGUGUGCGGAAAGAUUGCGGAAAAUAUGCUUCUGAGGCUGGAAAGUAUCUCGCCACAGCUGAAACUCUAUAAUUUGUUACAAGAACGCCAAAGCUAUACUUUUCAGGAAAUGGUUCCACAGAAUCCACACAAUGUUAAAGUCUAUACAUUUAGAACCGGGCUGCGGGUUGUUGGAGGUGAAAUUCCACCAAAACUAAUGUAUCAGAAUAACAACGGAUCAUCUUUGCUAUUGUCAUUGAGGCCGGGUCCGCAUGACUUUAUGGUUCUUGCCUUUUGUGCUGUUGUUGCAUUCAAAGAUACAUCGUUCAAAGAUUGUGAUUCUCUCAAUGCAAUAUUUAUCCGAUGUAAAUGUAGAUUCAUGGCCGAGUCCGGUCAUACCCUCUGUUUUGAAAUAACAGAGCAGGAUGCUUGUUUUACAACAGACCGGGAUGCUUGUUUUUCAACAUUUUGUCAUGACGAGAUGGAUGACAUUGACGAGGUGUUUGGAUUAGAACAACCAGCUACGAGUGACGAGAUGUUUGGAUCAGAACACACUCGCUUGUUCUAUUCAACAGUCCAUUUCAUCUACUCCAAAUACAGUUUCAGUGAGGCCUCUUUUGAAUUUGACCCUGUAUUCUACCUUGAAGGCCUAGAACAGUUAAGCUCUAGUGUGGUGGUAAACAAGUGUGGAGUUCAUAUAUUAUUUGAUGACAAUAAAAUUGUCCCCCUUACAAAUGAAGAUAGUGAUACGCUACCUGAGUUACCUUCCGCAUGGAGUGAGUUCUACUGCAUGGGACGAUAUAAUAUCCAAAUCAAAGAGGAUGACGAAAAGGAAGGACAAGAAAAUUACUGAGUUUUAGAAUGGCCAUUGCCAUCACCUGCGAUCUUGCUUACCAUUUGGUUCAAUUUUUGAAGCUCCUUUCUGCAGUUGCACGCCAUGAGUUUGAGAGAAGAUAGGGAAACUAAUUUCAUCGUUUGUGUAGAAUGUUGCAAUCAUAAAGUAAUGGCAACAAAAAAUUUCAUAUUGAUCUAGAUUCAGGAUUGCUGGAAAUUAUUUUUAUGUUCUACUAAAUAGGACAAUCAACAUUUAAUUUAUUCAUAAUAGGUAGUUGAUCAGCCAGGUUAAUACUUUAGCUUGUAAUUUGUAUACAUGUUAGUUAGAAUAUUUGAUGAAGUGUUACUAUUGUUGCAUGUACAUUCAUUAGUACUAGUGGUUUAUUUAUUGACCUUCAAAUGCUUUUUUUUUUC